AUGCCUCAACCAAAUGAACACAACAUGACGAACUCAUACCGACUUGAUCCAGCGGACAUCGAACUAUCGAACCGGAAACCCGAAGACCCCGAAAAGAUAUUGUUCAAAAAUGUCAUCAUUAUCGAUUCCACAGGCCGCGACCCCUACCUCGGCCAUGUGCUGAUUGAGGGAGAGCGAAUCAGCAAGGUCGGGGACCUCGAACCUUCGGUGGAAGGGGAGAGUAUGCUUGUCAUCGAUGGGAAAGGCAAGAAGACGCUCAUGUCCGGGCUAUGCGAUUCUCACACCCAUCUGAGCUACCCCAACGCCGCAACUUUGGACCAAUUGACGGGAUUGCAGCCCGAGGAACACGUUCUCCACACGGCGCACUCUGCCAAGACAUACCUUGACUGCGGAUACACAAUGUGCUUUGGAGCGGCAUCGGCACGGCCGCGGCUUGACCUUUCAGUGAAAGGGGCCAUCAAGACCGGCAUGAUUCCAGGACCGCGCACACUGGCCAACGGGCAAGAGAUCGCGAAGCCGUCAGGUGCACUCGUCCCAGGAAUAACGCGUUACGCAGAUGGCGUCGACGAGAUGCGCAAGGCUGUCAGUGAGCUUGUUGCGCUUGGCGUGGACAACGUCAAGCUCAGCAUGUCCGGCGACGACAUCACUCCGGACCUGCCGAGCGAGGAGACGUACUUCACGCUUGAGGAGACCAGAGCCGCGGUCGAGGUUGCGCACGCUCACGGCAAACGCGUUUGCACCCACGCCCGCAGUGCAGCUUCGGUCAAGAUGUGCUGUGAGGCUGGCGUCGACGUCAUAUACCACGCAGACUUCGUCGAUGCAGAGGGGCUGGACAUGCUCGAGGCUCAGAAGGACCGCGUUUUCGUUGCCCCCGCCAUGAACCUUCCUCUGCUAACUUGCACUGGCGAAGCUGCGGCUUUUGGGUUCUCGGCGGAGCUGGCCGAGAAAAAGGGCCUGUUGCAUCAAAUCAACGCUUGCUGCAAGGGCAUGACGGAGAUGCGGAAACGUGGGAUCCGCGUUCUUCCGGGCGGCGACUUUGGAUUCGCGUGGGCGCCGCAUGGGACCUACUCACGCGACCUCGCCAACUUCGUCAACCUCUUCGGGUACACGCCGAUGGAGGCCAUUAUCUCUGCAACAGCUUGGGGCGGGGAGAUCAUGGGACAUGCAGCAGAAUUGGGCAAGCUCCGUCCUGGCUACUAUGCAGAUGUCAUUCUCGUCGACGGAAACCCGGUGGAAGACAUUUCCAUCCUCCAGGAUACCAACAGGAUCCAUGCCAUUGUCAUAAACGGGCACAUUCACAAGCACAUCGACCCGCCCGCCGAACGCAAGUACGCAUCAAUGCCCGUUGUAACGAGGUCGGCCAGUGGUGGAUACAAGGUGUCGCGGGCUGGCACUGAACCGGGCUCCUCCGAAGCCAUGAAUGGACUGAUGGAUAAGAUGAGCCUCGGUACAGGGGCGGUGGUUGAAGUUGCUUAA